AUGGCUCCAAUAAGAGAAAUGUCUCUUGAAACCAAAAAGAGGAUUGUGAAACUUCUCGAAGAAGGUAACUCUUCACGCAUGGUUGCUAAAGAUGUGGGCUGUUCACAGUCAGCUGUAUCCAAGAUAUGGACCAAAUACAAACAGCAUGGAAUGGUUGUUAAAGCCAAGCGUACUGGUUCAUCACGAAAGCACAGCGCCUCUCAUUGGUGUCUGCAGAAUAUCGCUCAAGAAUCUGUUGACAGCUCUGAUGAGGAGUUUUUUGAUGCCAGAGCAGAUGUUAUGGAGGGGAAGAGCGCCAUUCUGCUGGGCAUGAGUCAGUGGAACUCAAAUGACCUGGUGGAGCAGAUUGAAACUCUGGGACACAUGGAGGACCAGUCACAUGGGGGUUUCUACCAGCUGGGAGGUCCACGCUGUGCCCCUCAGAGCAGCAUCGAAGGACUUGAAGACAUAGAGAGGAAAUGUAAAACCCAUGUGCUGCUGCUUGUGGUGCACGGGGGAAACAUCUUGGACACAGCAGGUGGAGACCCCAGCACAAAGGCUGGCGAUGUGGCCACCCUGGCGUCAGUGCUGGAGAAGGUGACGCGGGCACAUUUCCAGGCUGUUGCUGAACACGUGAUGAUCAAGCUGGUGCCAUGUCCAGCAGUGUGUGCUGAAGCCUUCUCUCUGGUGUCCAACUUGAACCCCUACAGCUAUGACGAGAGCUGUGUGUCCAGCAGCGUUGACCAUCUACCCCUUGCUGCCCUCCCACUCCUCGCUAUUGUCUCACCACGCUACCAGGAUGCCGUGGCCACCGUCAUCACCCGGGCCAACCAGGUCUACCACAGCUUCCUGCAGUCAGAAGAUGGCCAGGGAUUCACGGGUCAGGUAUGCCUGAUGGGCGACUGCGUGGGAGGUGUGCUGUGCUUUGACGCAUUGUGCUUCAGCAACCACCAGAGGCUUGACAGCCCCAACAACAGCAGCAGGAACAACAGCACUGAGAGCCUGAAGGACAACUCGGGCAUGCUUGGGGAGUCCAGCCCAGGUUUGAGCUCUAGUAAGAGGCUGAGUAAGAGCAACAUCGAUAUCUCCGUCCCUAACGACGGGCACGGCCAGGGAGGGCCGCCACUCAGCAGGAAGCAGAGUGACUCGUAUGAUGGAGACACCUCAUCCACAGGCCAGCACAGCUUUUUUCCCAGUUUGAUGAAAGAGAGUGUGGAGGUGCGCGGAGGCAGUAGCACCAGUCUGGUGUUGAACCCAGGUCGAUUUGACUUUGAGGUGUCAGACUGCUUCCUGCUGGGUUGUCCGCUGGGCCUGGUGCUGGCCAUGAGACGUACAGUGCUGCCUGCCGUUCAGGUGAGCCAGCUUCAUCCAGCCUGCUCUCAGAUUUUCAACCUGUUCUUCCCCUCGGACCCUUCAGCCUCCAGACUAGAGCCACUGCUGCAGCCUCUCUUCCACAAGUUGCCACCAUUUGCUGUGCCACGCUACCAGCGCUACCCUCUAGGAGAUGGACGCUCAAUGCUCAUAGCCGAGAGUAUUCAAGGACAUCCGAAUGUGUUUUUUGAAGGUGAACAAACUCCUGGGGGUUCGACUUCACAGUCCUCCUCUGAGGCAAAGACCGAAGGAAGAGGAGGAGGAGAAGAGGGCGGUCGCAGAGCCAGCGUGACCAGUGUAGAAAGUGAAAUGUCAAUUUGCUCAAUGGGCCAGCUGGGCAACACCAUCACUAACAUUUCCAGUAGCUGGUGGGGCUCCAAGAGACUGGACUAUGCUUUGUACUGCCCUGAUGUGCUGACUGCCUUCCCAACAGUAGCUCUGCCUCACCUUUUUCAUGCCUCCUAUUGGGAAUCCACUGAUGUAGCAGCCUUUGUUCUGCGGCAGCUCAUGCGAUGUGACUGUGUGAAGACCCAGGAAGCGGACAAAUUGGACUCAGCUCCGUUCUCUCCCUCCAGCCCACGAGAAAAGUGGCUCAGAAGGAGGACACAUGUUAAACUAAGGAAUGUCACUGGCAACCACAGGGUGAAUGAUGUCAUUGCCACCGAAGAUGGACCGCAGAUUCUGGUUGGUCGCUUCAUGUAUGGUCCCUUGGACAUGGUGACCCUAACUGGAGAAAAGGUGGACAUCCUGCUGAUGACACAACCCCAGUCUGGCCGCUGGGUGCACUUUGAUACUGAGGUGACCAACAGCAGCGGCAGAGUCGCAUAUACCAUACCCAAGAGCAAGAAGCUGGGCCUGGGAGUCUAUCCGAUUAAAAUGGUGGUCAAGGGGGAUCAAACGAGUGCAGAGGCCUACCUGACUGUGUUGCCGCGAGGCAUGGAGUGUGUGGUCUUCAGCAUCGACGGCUCUUUCGCUGCCAGUGUGUCAAUCAUGGGCAGUGACCCAAAGGUCCGCCCCGGUGCUGUCGAUGUCGUCAGGCACUGGCAGGACCUGGGAUAUCUGAUCAUCUAUAUCACAGGCCGUCCUGAUAUGCAAAAGCAGCGUGUGGUAUCUUGGCUGUCGCAGCACAAUUUUCCCCAUGGGAUGAUUUUCUUUUCUGAAGGUCUGGUGCAUGAUCCGCUGCGACAAAAGACCAUCUUCCUCAGGAACCUCAUACAGGAGUGUCACAUUAAGAUCAACUCUGCUUAUGGCUCAAUGAAGGACAUCUCUGUUUACAAUAUGCUCGGCCUCAGCCCCUCACAGAUUCAUAUUGUUGGCAGACCUUCGAAGAAGUACCAAAACCAGUGCCAGUUCCUGAGCGAGGGAUACGCAGCACACCUCUCAACCCUUCAAUUUGGGCACAGAGCUAGACCCAAGAAAUCCCCAUCAGUUCGUAUGGUCUUACGGAAAGGUUCAUUUGGUCUCUCAGCGAAGCCUGACUUCCUCUGUAAGCGCACCCACCUGCGCAGGACCAUGUCGGUCCAACAACCUGACCCACCAUUUGCUCCCAACCCCAAGCCUGAGAGAGCCCAGAGCCAACCGGAGUCAGAUAAGGACCAUGGGGGAGGAGGAAGUGGGGGAGGUGGUGGACAAGGCACGUGGGGACGGGCCUCCAUGCAUCGUGGAGACACCACCCCCUGAUGUCAAGAAAGAGAUGGAAAGAUUGCAGGAGGACAGAUGAGAACAAUGGGGUCUUAGUGUCCUGGGCCAAGUGUCACCUCUAUCUCCUGUACAUGCACAUCGGAUCCUUAGCUGUUGUCCCUCCCAGCUCAGCGUUACCUCCUGCUUGGCCCUCUACAAUUUUCCACCUGUUUGGCCCUUUU